UGGUGUCAUUCUCCAUAGGUUUUUUAGUUCUGUAUAGAAUUGCUUAGAACAUUUUUAUGAAGGGGCUUGAUCAGCCCCAGUGUGUAUAGGUAACAACAAGCUCAGGUGUGUCUUAUUAGUAAACUCUUAGUGAAGCCAGGAAUGGAUCAAACUGCUACGCAAUGGGGGCCUUAUUUCCAUACCUGAAUUCUGACAAGCUCUGAAAUCCAUUAAGAAAGAGGAGGGAGGAGGAUGUGAAACUGACGCCAUUUCGGCUCACUACAGAUCAUUUAGUAUCUAAACUGACGAGCAACAGGAGCCAGCAUGGCGGACAGACCGACACAGUUUCACGACCCCGGUUUGCAAUGUUUUUUUUUGUGCACGACACGAAACACAACACACGGUAAAUAACGUUCCUCGUAAAGCACAUUUCCAAGAGGAAGCUUUCUGACUGAAAUUCGAGCGCGUUUGUACCGACAUUAGGGACUGUCUUGCGGCGCACAGACGCGAUUUUACACCUCAGUAAGGCGUACAGCCUUCACAGUAAGGAAAUAGUCGAUGGCUUACCUCAGUCAAGAUGGCGACGCUUGCUUCACUUUUCCCCAACCACGCUUCACUCCCCGGACACGUGAUUCGGGUUUGUUUUCGCAGCUCAUCCGGGUGAUUGGGAUUACCUGACGGGCCGGUGAUGUGGCGCUUUACUGUCCGAGCAGCUGUGUGAGCAAAACACAAGAGAAAACCACAGGACCGGGGCUUAUAAAUAAACACACACAUCCACACAGACAUACACACACAGCAGACACCGCUGGAGGAAGAGCAGGGACCUGGCACAGGGGAGGUGACCGUCGCGCUUCAAUUGUUUAUGGAUCUGGUGGAUACCGACUGGAAGAAAACAGCAAUGGCAACUCCUGAGGAUUUACAAUUUCAAGAGUUUGAAGAGGCGGCCCAGCUGCUCUCAGCCAAUCCAGAGGCAGUGACUCGGAGUGCGCGGGACCUGAGCAGCACGGAGAGAGAGAGGGAGAGAGAGAGUGAGAGAGUGAACGUCAGCCUGUCUGAGGAGGAGGGAGAGGAGGAGGAGGCAGAGUUGCUGAGUGGACAGAAGAAGCAGCCAAACUUCUGGUCGUUUGAUUAUUACCAGUCCUUCUUCAACAUCGACACCCUGCAGGUCCUGGACAGGAUAAAGGGCUCCCUCCUCCCACUGCCGGGGAAGAACUUUGUGAAGCACCAUCUGCGCAACAACCCGGACCUGUACGGUCCCUUCUGGAUCUGUGCCACUCUGGUUUUCACCGUUGCGAUCAGCGGGAACCUCUCCACCUUCCUCUUGAAGAUGGGAGACCCCCAGUACCACUACAGACCCCAGUUCCACAAAGUGUCGGUUGCAGGGGUCUCUGUGUUCUGCUAUGCCUGGCUCGUACCCCUGGCUCUCUGGGGUUUCCUGCAGUGGAGGAGCAGCAGCAAUCCCAGCGUGACGAGCUACUCCUUCCUGGAGACUGUGUGUGUGUACGGGUACUCACUGUUCAUCUACAUCCCCACCUCGAUUCUCUGGAUUAUCCCAGUCGAUUGGCUUCGCUGGCUGCUCAUUCUCUUGGCUAUGGCUCUCUCCGGCUCAGUCCUGGUUCUCACGUUCUGGCCGGUGAUUCGAGACGACACUAAGCCCGCCUCCAUCGCCACGGUGACGGCCAUCCUGCUGCUCCACGCGCUGCUCGCCAUUGGCUGCAAGAUGUAUUUCUUCCAGACAGCCACACAGAUGAUGAUGCCAGUCCCCUCCCUGGCGCCCCCUACAGGAAACCCCAACAUUACGUUGAAUCAGUCCUAGAGAGAGGGGGCCUGCGUCUCCACUGCGCUGCCCGGACCUGUUCUUGUGACACACAGGGGAUUGCGAACACUGAACCCCGAACAACCCCCUGACCCCUGAACUCUACCCUUGAGGAGAACGCUUUACUGACCCCUCCCGAGCCCAGGGGCACAAGAGCAGCACUGGCAUCGCUUCACUGCCUGGCAUUCUCCACGCGCUCACCUGAAUUAACUGCACAGGCCGGCAGCGAGCGUGUCCAAGUUAUUCCCUGAGCUGAUUUCAAAACAGGACAGUAUCUCAGAGAGACCCCUCAGCACUGGGGUGCGGGUCACGCAUGCAGUACCGGGUCACUAAUCUGGGAUCGAAUGUUAUUUUAGGGAGGCAGAGGUGCUCAGGCUCUGCAGGGAUGGAAAUCAGACUCCCGUUGCAUCGCAGUUUAACCCAUUCCAGGCUUUACUACGACCAGCUUGAUCAGCCACAGUGUGUACAGGUAACGAGCUCAGGUGAGUCUUAUUAAUAAACUCGCUGUGCAACGGGACUCUUAUUUGCAGCCGUGGAUCUGUGAAAGCAGUUUUGUUUGAGUGGAGUUUAGGGUUGGUUCAGGUUCUGAAGGGGUUUCAGUAUUUCUUUAAUUAUUGUUUUUGGUUGAUAGUGAUAACGCUCGUGUUUUAAAGACGCAAAGCUUGUGAAGGUGAGUGAAGGUUCGAAUGCUCUGCUUCACUGGUCCAGCUCUGAUAACGAAGGUUUCUGUUCGUUAUCAGACCUGUUUGAUUUCUUCUGGGUUGGGUCCUCGUUUGGUUUCUAAUGAUUUUUGGAGCACGUUCUCCUGUGUUGAAGAGAAAUGUAAUAAAAUAUUUUUAAAAG